AUGCUGAGCAAGAAAUGGACGACUCCAGAGCAAGAGGAAUUUCUCCUCAGCUUCAUGUCUGAAUUCCGCAAGAGUCUCACGACCAAGGAUUAUGACGAUUUGUUCACGCGCAUUGAUGCUCUAUGGUUCGAAAGGUGGCCUGAGGAACAUGUCAUCUUCAAGGACAAGCCAGAUGAUUAUGUUCGCACCCCAGAAGACAUUAAGGCUCUGGUGGGAGCAGUUGAAAUGCGUCAGCAAGUAAACCCCACGCGUCAUGCUCGCUCAAAAGGCACCAGGGGCGUGCUGAAAUUUGAUACCGUCUUAGAUGGGGGCGUGGAGCUGAAAGGUGUAUGGGCACCCCAAAAAAUCAAUAUUUACUCACACAAAUUCUACAAAGUGAAGGUUAAGCAUGCUGCAGACAAUGCAAUCACAACAGAAAACAUUACCAAUAGAGGCCUGAAGCUGAACAAACACCAUGAGAUCACACGGCAGAUGUACUUGGAGGAAAGCGAGUCUGUCAAAGCGGAUAUUGAUAGGAAGUACCGCAAGGCGAAAUCAAGUUUCAGCAAAAAAGCGCCAGCAGCUGAGGUCUGGGAAGCCAUUAAAAAUCGACAAUGCCACAAAAUUGAAGGUGGGUGGAAAUUCUCUGUUCUCAUGGGGGGUCGUGAUCCUAGGACGGGUGAGACGUCAGUAUUCAACUACCAUGUUGGUGAACUUCAAAGUGGCGCCCAGUUCAAUCAUGUAUACAAAGACUUUGAUGGAAUGCAAGCCGCCUUCCUAGGAUUUGUGCAAAAUGCCCUCGCAUUCGAGUCUACCUUACCGCAUGAUGAGUCGGCAGGGGAUGAAGAAGAAAAGUCCUCAUCAGACUGGGACAGUGACGAAGAUGGGCGGGAAAAUGAGGGUAUGAGUCAAGAUGAGCACCUCCCAACCUUUGAUACAAGCAACCUGUAUCAAAUGACUCCCCAAUCUGAUGAAGUUCUUGGGGAUAACGCGAGCGGCUCACAUACUCUGUUGGAUACCUUAUUGCCCAAAGCGCUUCCCACAAGUGCUAGUAAGGUAUCGACUGAUGCAUCAACGGGGCUUGCUGGAAGCUCAUUGCUCGCUGUGGAAUUUCAUCAUCCUCCUCACUCUGCGGCUACUUUCGACCCCAUUGUAGCGGGCGCCGCCAAUUUCUCUGCCUUUGAUCCCCAUGCCUUCGCUACUAUGAUCAACAAUCCCAACUUUGAUCCCGGUAUGAUACCUGACUGGUUCACACCUCCUCUUAAUAGUACUACCAACAAAUCUUUACCUGGACAGUCUCCCGCCAAUCUCACAUCUCUAGACAACUGUGAUCGCCCAUACUUGCCUCUAUCAGAGGAGGUGCUGCUCCCUCCUGUCCUGUCCAUGAAUAGCGAGGAAGGACAGGACAAUGAUUCACUUCUCAACCAGCCAGAGAUCUCCGGCACCUACACUAUCUAUGGACCCAUCUACAUCAAACCCUCUGGCAGUGCGCAUGGUGACAAACACACCUCAUCUCCAUGUGCAUAA